CUUGAUACGCGGUUUUUUGAACAAUUCGUUACACUGUUGUUCUGAUUUCCCUACUUUGUACAGAUUUAAGCAAAAUGCGGUUAGCUUGUCGGCUUUUCUGUGAACUCUUUCAAAUACAAAUGAGGAUUUUGUUGAAUAAUAACUUUCAAUCGGCUACAAGUCUUCCUAAAGUACUACAACAAAAUGAAUUUAUCCUGUAUUAUCCUAUUAAUUUUGGCAUGUAUGCCAAGAGUUUGCAUUUACGGCAAAAGAUAUUUAUUUUAUGAUGUGUUUUAUGGCGAAGGUUUCAAUUUGAAACGUGAUGUUUAUAUUCGGAUUGCCAAUACAGUACGUUUAUUUAUAUUAUCACGAACUUUUUACAGUCUUUUAAGAGACCCAAGCCAAAUACCAAAUUUCGCUCUACACGACAUAAACGUAAAAAAUUUAACUGGUGAAGAUUGGAUUCUAGUUUUACCACCUUGGGGUCCACUUCCUCAUUGGUUCAAUGACAGAUCAUAUGAAAGAUAUACAAAUCAUAGUUAUUUUAAUAAUUGGUCAGGCAUUCCAUGGUCAAUGUUUUUUGAUUUAAACAGUCUCUCAUUAUUUAUACCAGUUAUGGAUUUAAUUGAAUUUCAACGCAGUAACGUAUUGGAUUCACAACAAUCAUUAUUAAACAGGUCAUCCAAUCAUCCGUUGACAAUCGAUUUAGCUCUGCAGUUAGUUCGUGGAGAUUUUAAUGAAAAAUUGGGGCAAUAUUCAAAUGUUAAUAAUCGUAAAGUAGAUUUUUGUCCAUUUGAAUUACGUGAAUUAUAUCGAUUAAAUGACUCAACAUUGUCAUCAUCACCAUCAUCAUCAUCAUCAUUCAGCCGACCAAUAGAAUUAUUUGAAGGAAGUAGUUUUAAUUUACAAAAUGGUAUAUUACCAAUGAAAGCAUCUGCAUAUGAUUGUAUCACUGGAGAUUUAGAACCUGUUCAUUUAGCACCAUUCUUAAUUCAAUUAAUUGAAAAUUCUGAAAAGCCUAUUACGACUUUAUACUUAGACUCAGCUCAGUCGAUUAUACACGGUCAUUGGAGUGAAUGGAGUCAAGAAUAUUGGACUGUACGUCGAAGCAUUACAAUAGCAAAACAUUUACGUGAUAUUGGUGAUAAUUACCGUGGAGCUUAUUUACAUUCUAAUGAUAUUUCAGAUCGUACAGUAUCACCGUCAAUAGUUGAACAUCUUGGUCCAGGUUCCAGUUGGUUACGUCCACAAUGGCCACUUUCACCAGCUCUAGGUGGACCAUAUGUAGCGGUUCAUUGGCGUCGUGGAGAUUUUGUUACUACAAGUACUAACGCUACAACAACAACUGUUACUACUACUAGUCGAUCUCCUAAUAAUGUUUUAGCAGCCCAACAAAUUCUAAAUGCUGUCAAGAUAUUUAAUCAGUAUGAAGAUCAUUACAUCGAUACAAUUUAUCUAGCCACAGAUGCUAAUAAAGAAGAACUAGAAAAUCUGAAAAAUUUACUUUAUCCACUUCAAGUAUUUCAUUUUGAGCCAACUGAAUCCGAGUGGAUAUCUUAUGGCCCAGGUGGUUCAGCAAUUAUAGAUCAAUGGAUUUGUGCACAUGCUAGAUAUUUUAUUGGGACUAGUUCAUCGACAUUUACUUAUCGUAUUGUUGAAGAACGUUCAAUUAUGGGCUUUUUAUUCAAUACUACUUUGAAUAAUUUCUGUUCAAAUGGACCAAUCUAUUUAUAUAAAGCAAAUUAUUAUAAUACAGAAUUAUCUACAUGUCAAUCAUUAACUGAAUGGCCAGUGAUUUAUGAAAAACAAUACACUAUCUCAUCAUCACCAUCACCAUCAUCACCAGCAGCAUCAUUAUCACCAAUGAUCAAUGAUAAACUACAUUCAGAUAAAUAUAUUAAAGAUGAAUUAUGAUGUUGGAUAAUGUUUAACCUAUAGGAAGAGACUGAUACAGCAUAUUACCCAUCUGUUAUCACUACUACUACUACUACUGCUGUUACUGGCUUCGAUCGUUCUCUCCUCUAUGUUCCUUUCCUUUUUGCUUGUGACUCUCAUGAUUAUUUAGAUUAUUAUUACUGUUUUCUUUUGCGUAUGUAUAUAUAUAUAUAUAUAUAUGUUUGCAUAGCUGAAUUUGUUAUGCUAAGAUUUCAGAUCUUCGAAAGAAAAGAAAAUAUUUCUUUUAAUGAUAAUCGUUUAUUGUAUGGUUAUUUUUUUCCAGUGUUAACUUUUCAAUGGUUGCCUAUAUAAUACCAUUAGCCCAUGUUUUAUAUUAUGAAGUGUUAUAUCUUGUAACCGUCUAUCAGAGAGCAGUGACUUAUCGAUCGGAUCGAUGACGCGUAAACAAGUGCGAGCAGUCUAGAGUUCUGAUUGGCCCUGCUUUUCGCCUAGCUCAGCCAGAUAAGUCCAGAACGCACGUCACAGCCUCGGAGAUAUGAAUCAUUAUAUUUUCAAACAUACUGAGUUUAUAUUACCAAUCAAACAGACCACAACGUACUAUAAAAUAGAAAAUAACAUUUGUACAAUAUUUGGCCAACAGGAAAAUGGUACGUGAAAUAAAUAUUGGCCAAUAGGAAAAUGAUGCCAUUUCACGUCCAAGGAUAGCAUUAGACUUAACAGGAUAAUUUCUGGGAUAUUUUUCUGAAUAUCCCAACAUGAAGUUCAUCAGUCUUCGUAUAGUCACUUCUUGUUUAGUAAUAAUAAUCAUAUGCUUGUUCAUUGGUUACUAGCUAUAAGAGGUGGAUUCUAAAAGUUCUUUUUUGAAAUGCCGUGACUAAUAGAGUCCAACCAUGUCGGAUAUGAGAUAGUUAUUCAUCAAUCACAUCGGCAGAUGACCGUGCAAUACCACAAAUUAAUUGAAUUUAGAAAUAUAAAUCAUUAAAUGCUGACUUGAUGGUUUCAAGUUUAGACACUUAGUGUGAGACCUGAAGGUCAUAGGUUUGAUCCUCGGUGGGGCUUUGCGUAUGCGCUAAUUAGCAGUUCUAUAAUUAAAAAAGAGGAGAUGACCGGGUGUUCAUGGUUUUUAAUAACUAUUAAACUGAAAUCUGUGACACAAAUUAUGUUAUUUUUUUAAUCAAAAAAGUCCUUUCAGUUGUUUCGCUUUAAUUUUUAUAUCUCACGAUAAUUAAGGUAGUUGUUGUGGAUGCAGAGGAAUAGACCAAUAAUUAUCAUGUUAAGUCUAAUGGUGUCCUUGGACUUUAGAUGGACAUUUCCUAUUGGUCGAUAUCUGUUCACUUGUUGAAUAUUGUACAAAAUGUUGUUUUCUAUUUUAUGGUACGAUGUGGUGUGCUUGAUUGGUAUAUAAACAAAGUAUGUUUGAAAUAUAAUGAUUCAUAUCUCCGAGGCUGUGGCUUGUGUUCUGGACUCAACUGGCUGGGCUGGACAGGGAAGCAGGACCAAUCAGAACUGUAGGCCGUUCGUUCGUGUUUACGUGUCGACCCAUAAGUACGCUGCUCUCUAAUCUCUUCAGUCAAGGACACAACAAUUAGCACAGGGUAAAAAUCGAACCCAACAUAAAGUCAUAACAGUAGUGAAUCUUUAUCAACCGACGUAGUUAGGACAAGUACUACGUAUGCCUAAUCGCCUAACUCAACGUUCUAGUUUUGCUAGUCUAGGAGUAGGUUGAAAGAAAGAUAGGUGUAAUUAGACCAGGAAGUGAUAUCAUUUUUUGAGGUAGUUAACUGUUGAAUUGCUUCAUGAAGGUGAGUGCAGGCUACCUGGUCAGUGUGAUUUUCGUUACCAAUAGUUGGAAACGUUAGGUAACAUGUCUUACAAUCAUCUGAAAUAGCCCAGAUGCAUUCAUUGUUUUUUUCUUUUCUUAGAUCUUGAGUUUAAAGAUUAUCUUAUACAUUUUAUUCCAUGGAUUCAUCCUUUUUUCCCGGAUUAUGUUGUCGAUAUCUUAUCUUUUCUACUGUCACUGAUACUGUUACUACCUCCACCGCAUUUUUCUUCCUAGUUUCUAUUUAACUCUGCAAAUACACUGUAACAACUUGUGACGAUGCACAUAUGUGCCAGGUUCUUUGUUUAUAACUUACCAUAUAUAUAUAUAUAUCACAGACCAUCUACAUAAUCUGACUAAUCACUCAUCAGGAGGUUAAAUAAAAAGUGCCCUGGUAACCAUGUAUCACUUUGUUUUCUGUCCUAAAACUAAUCUUGAAAGUGAAAUUCAUUUCAUAGUUCCCAUUUAUAUUUCAUUUGUGCAUGUGUAAAAAUUGACUAAGAAAGUCAAUACAUCAAAUGUUCAAUAUACUGGACAUAUAUAUGAAACGUUUUAUUGGAUCAAAUGAAUUAUUUAUUGACUUGUGGAUAAAUAAUGGAAAAAACUAGCUUUACCAUAAAUCGAUAUGAUGGUCUGUCAACUAUUAUAUUAAAAGCAUAUAUGGUGUUCGCUGGCCAUCCGAUUCUGGCACUGAUAUGCAAGCUCAACCUGUUACUUCAAAUUGAAAUAUUGGCACAAACCCAUCCAGAAAUAUAGAUCCGUCGCCCCCCCCCAAGAUUUCCAACCAAUAGCGCAUAUCUAUUACUUCAGUAAUUCAAACCAAAUAUUGACAAAUGCAGCAUACAUACGGAACUUAUCAUUUGUCCUUGAACUGAUGUAUCCUAUUGGUUCAGUGUGUUUCUGUUUCAGUUUAUCCAUAAUUCUGUUUGAACAGAUUAUUUUAUUGUUAAACUAAUCAAUGUAAAGCAUUCGACUAUUAUUUUGUGGUAACCAAAUCUUUGUUUUAUUGUGAAUAAGUAAUUGUUUAAUUUGUUUAUUCUGGUUAGUAUUUUUUAGCAGGGUUGUUUUCUACAAUAUAAGGUUGCUGACUCCAUGUCCAAUCCUUCUCCUUUACUCGGGAUUGCAAUCGUUAGUAACUCGAGAAUGCUGGUGAGCGGUCUGUGUUCUUUCAUGAGGGGGUAACAAGCGACAAAUGAAUAAGUAAUAUUUCUUUACAAAUCACACGACAAGUAUUAUCUUCAGAUAUUCUUGUGGUUCGGUAAAAUAUAAGGUAUUAAAUAAUGGAGAAGAGCGAAUGUGUUCGUGUUAUUCAAUGCAUCCCGUUUCAUUAUGAACGUAUUAUUUCACCGAAUCAUAUCAUUCACCUAACCAUUUGAUAUGCUUCAUUCAUUAGGUUAGAUUGUUUUCUUAAAUGUCUGUUUGAUGUCACUCUUCAGUGUCUGAAUUUUUCUCAACGAUCCAUUGAUUACAAAUGGUCAGUAAUGUUUUCUUGUAUUUACUAUUGUGCUGAAAUGAAACGUGCAUUUAUACCUCGAAGAUUGAGACAUUAAAUAGUAACAUGACGAAUAAAUUUGAGGUUUAUCAACAAGCGGAAUUUCUAUGCUACUAUAAUAACCUGUUGUGGUAUAUGCUACUUAUGUUGACAGAUAUAAGUAGUAUGUAACACCGAUCAGAAGUGGAAUGCCUGUUAAAAGAAGGUUGAGAAUAUUGAACGGAAGAAAACAGAAAUGAACGGAGAAUUGGAGUAAUAAUGAAGGAUGCAAAGUACGAUUGAUGGAAGAUUCACAAAUGAAGUAUUAAAUGUAUGGUCUUCAUAUUUUGAGGAUGAACUCUGUAACUUGGCAUUAAACAAUAAAUUGGUCUUUCCCAACUGAUUCUUCGUUUACUACACAACUAUUUCAAAUAUUAUUGAUUGUCUGGCCAGUUAUUUUGUAUUAUUCAUUCAGGCUUACAUCUAAUAAACUAGUUUCCUCAAUA